CUGCCUCACCUCUCUCCUGACAGGUCCUAUAGGCUCCUCACGCCGUCCCGUCACGCGCUGCUUUCAUCUUCUCCAUCGGAGUGACUGACCCGUGUGUUCCUCAACACUUCAAAAUGAAACUGUCCAUUGUCAUUUCCCUUGCCGUGGUGGUUCUCCUGCCUCUGGCCCACGCCAUCUUCCUCAUGGAAUCAGCAGGCGCCUCCGCUACCGCCACUUUCACCAGUGCUGGAUUAGCUCUGGGCACAGCUGGCGGUAGCUCCGCUGGUCCCUUGGGAGCUGCUGUGGUGGUGGUGGGUGCCUUACUGCUGGGCGGCCUGGUGCUGGCAGGAGCUGGAGGCCGCAUCAAGCGAGAAGUGCCCAGCUACUGUCUGCCGACCUCUAGUCCAGAAUUGCUCCUAGAACUGGCCGCCAGCGCUGACCAGCUGGGCUGCGGCCUGAGGCUGGUGUGUGAGCUGGAGGCCACGCCUGACGACGCCCUCUCCACGGACGAGCUGCUCAUCCUCAAUCUCUUUGGGAGGCAGGUGAAGCCCGUCACCUUCUCUCAGAUGAAGAACGCCAAGUCAAGCUUCCAGUACGCGGCGCUGGUGGGCUCCCGGGCGAAGAGUGUGGCCGAGUGUGGCCAAGUGUUCGACCAGUGUCCCUUCGACCGCCGCACCAUCAUGGGGGCAUUCAACGCUACAACCUAAGAGACAGCGCAUGGCACUCACCUCCUCCAAGGAGUUACGUCAUACACAAAUACCUCAGAGCAUCGCUAAACAGCUACCUCAACGUUAUCUCAUGCUGCUUUUCCAGAUUCAGUGCAAAUUCUUUUUUCUUUGUGUGUGUGUGUGUGUGUGUGUGUGUGUGUGUGUGUGUGUGUGUGUGUGUGUGUGUGUGUGUGUGUGUGUGUGUGUG